AGCGCGGCUGAGCCUGCCCGCCACCCGAGCUCCACCGGCCGGCCGCCCCGCGCCUCUGCCGCGUCCCCGCGCCCCGAGCAGCCGGGCCCGACGGCAGUGCGAGAGCCGGGUCGGGAAGGCAGGGCCGGGCGGGCGCCGCCUGCGGAGAGGCCGGGGGCCGGCCUGCGUGGGGCAGCGCGGAGGCGGCGGCGGCGGCGGCGACUCCGGCCCGGGCCGGACAGCGCAGGACCAUGGCCGAGGCAGCCCCGGCUCCGACUUCUGAAUGGGACUCCGAAUGCCUUACAUCCCUGCAGGCGCUUCCUCUUCCCACACCCCCAGCAGCAAAUGAAGCACACCUGCAGACUGCGGCCAUCUCCUUGUGGACAGUAGUGGCGGCCGUGCAGGCUAUCGAGAGAAAGGUGGAGGUCCACAGCCGGCGACUCCUGCACCUGGAAGGACGGACAGGGACGGCCGAGAAGAAGCUGGCCAGCUGCGAAAAGACAGUGGCUGAUCUCGGGAACCAGCUGGAGGGCAAGUGGGCCGUGCUGGGGACCCUGCUGCAGGAGUACGGGCUGCUGCAGAGGCGGCUGGAGAACUUGGAGAACCUGCUGAGGAACAGGAACUUCUGGAUCCUGCGGCUGCCCCCCGGUAUUAAAGGAGAUAUCCCAAAGGUGCCUGUGACAUUUGAUGACAUCUCUAUCUACUUUUCCACUCCAGAGUGGGAAAAAUUAGAAGAAUGGCAAAAGGAACUUUACAAGAAUAUCAUGAAGGGCAACUACGAGUCUCUCAUUUCCAUGGAUUAUGCCAUGAAUCAACCUGAUGUCUUAUCUCAGAUUCAGCCAGAAGGGGACCAUAAUACAGAGGACCAGGCAGGGCCAGAGGGAAGUGAGAUUCCCACAGAUCCCAGUGAAGAGCCUGGCAUUUCAACAUCGGAUAUUCUGUCUUGGAUUAAACAAGAGGAAGAGACCCAGGUGGGCACCCCACAGGAGCCCAAGGAGAGUGACAUGUGCAAAAGCACCUAUGCCGACGAAGAGCUUGUCAUCAAAGCUGAAGGCCUUGCCAGAGCCUCCCUGUGCCCCGAGGUGCCCGUCACCUUCUCUUCUCCACCGGCAGCAGCAGCUAAGGAUACGUUUCCGGACGUGGCCUUCAAAAGCCCGCAGUCUGCGCCCAUGGCGCCAUUUGGACGUCCAGCCACCGACCUGGCGGAAGCCUCUGAGGGACAAGUGACUUUCACUCAGCUGGGCAGCUACCCCCUCCCGCCUCCGGCCGGGGAGCAGCUGUUCUCGUGCCACCACUGCGGCAAGAGCCUCAGCCAAGACAUGCUGCUGACCCACCGGUGCGGCCCCGCGGGGGAGCGCCCGGCCCCCUGCGCCCAGUGCCCCAGGCACUUCCCCCCGCACGCCGACCGCGGCCCCCAGCCGCCCGCCGGCGAGACGCCACCCACCUGCCCGCACUGCGCCAGGACUUUCACUCACCCGUCCAGACUCACCUACCACCUUCGGGUCCACAACAGCACCGAGCGCCCCUUCCCCUGCCCCGACUGCCCCAAGCGCUUCGCCGACCAGGCGCGCCUGGCCAGCCACCGGCGAGCCCACGCCGGCGAGCGGCCCUUCCGCUGCGCGCAGUGCGGCCGGAGCUUCAGCCUGAAGAUUAGCCUGCUGCUGCACCAGCGGGGCCACGCGCAGGAGCGGCCCUUCUCCUGCCCUCAGUGUGGCGUCGACUUCAACGGCCACUCGGCCCUGAUCCGCCACCAGAUGAUCCACACGGGCGAGCGGCCGUACCCCUGCCCUGACUGCAGCAAGAGCUUCAUGCGCAAGGAGCACCUGCUCAACCACCGGCGGCUGCACACGGGCGAGCGGCCCUUCAGCUGCGCGCACUGCGGCAAGAGCUUCAUCCGCAAGCACCACCUCAUGAAGCACCAGCGCAUCCACACGGGCGAGCGGCCCUACCCCUGCGCCGAGUGCGGCAGGAGCUUCCGCUACAAGCAGACGCUCAAGGACCACCUGCGCUCGGGCCACGGUGGCGGCUGUGGUGGGCAUAGUGACCCCUCUGGACAGCCGCCGGACCCCGCGGGCCCCCUCCUGACUGGGCUCGAAACCGCUGGCCUGGGCGUUAACACCGAAGGUCUAGAGGCCAAUCAGUGGUAUGGGGAAGGGACUGGAGGCGGGGUUCAGUAAAUGUCUCUCCUUUCAGGGUUAGCCGUGCUGGCAGCGGGGCAAGAGGCAAGCCCAGAAGCCCCUGCACCCCGCUAACCCGGUGGUAAUGCCUGCCUGGCACGUCAGUGAAUUUGGGGUCCUGUGCACUUGACUAGAGCCGUGCUUGAGUUUCGGAACUUCACAAGAGCAGCACAUUGUGAAACCCAGGAAGACCCGGAAGAGAGCCCAGCUUCCCCAUCUUUUCAAAAACAUUACCUAAGCAGAAGUUAUAAGAACGUUGCAGAGAGGUUGGAAAGCAAGAUUCGGCCUCUGGUGAUCCAUCACAGGGUAAUUGGGCCUCUGGUGGUCCAUCACUAGGCAGAGUCAGGUGCGUGGAAGAGCCUCCAAGGCUUGAAGCCCCUUCUGCGGCAGAGAAUGUUUAACUGAGCCUUUCAUCACCUCCUUGAUGGUAGGAUGGUUGCUAGAAGAAAGUGCCCAAGCCUGGGCACCACUCCUGUUCCUCCCAGACAGUGGCUCCAGUUGGCUCACGUGCUUGGGUACUGUCUCUCCUGAAAUGAUGACUCAAGACUGCCUUCCUAGGUCUCCUAGAUUAAUUCUUCUAAUAUAUUUUGUUUAAUACUGGAUGAGCAAAAAAAUCUGACUUUAAAAGCUUCUUAAGGAGAACAGUUCUUUCACUAGCUUAAUUUGAAGCAUUCAGGCUUUUACUGCCAUUUAAACUGCUAGAAACUUUUGCCGGGGUCCUGGUUAAAAAUUUGGGAGCAGGAUUCUCAGCCCCAGCUUUAAAAGCUAGAGAUCCCCGAGAAGUGACAGAACAGCCUAGAGUUUGUGCCUGAACCCUGUUUCUUAGAGUCACUUAUGUCAUAUUCUUCCUUAUUGUUUCCAAGCAAGUAAGCUGGCUUUUCCAUUCCCGGUGUCUGAUAUUCUGACAAUCAUCAGCAGAAAAGGUCACAGCACUUUCCAGAAGCAUUACAGAGUUUUGGAAAGUGCCAAUGGACUCUCACCUUUCACUUCCUCAGUAGUGAGAUGAUAGUUACAAUGCCGCUUUCUUGAGCCAGCAGAGUGUCUGUUCACCCCCCCGGCGAUGGGCAGAUCGAGGGACUUCGUAGGCCCCUGAGAGCUAAGCACCAGGUGUGGAUGAGGACAGCCUCUUCCUGCUGGCUUUGCUUCUGGGGACCUUGGCUACCGUGUGUUCUUUUGUCAGGGUCGGUCAGUCAGUCACCUGGGAGCAUCUGAGCCUGGUCCCAUUCCCAAGUGGCUUUGCAGUUGGGCCAGUUUCCCUUUACAGAUCUCAGAUUUUCAUCUGCAAAAUGAGGCUGGUGAAAGGAAAAAAAGUGAACCUUUAGAAUUAAAAAAAAAAAAAAUUUUGUACAUUCCUUCUCCUGCCAAAAUCCUGUCUCUAUCUCUGGCUUUUAUCCAGGCAAAGCAAAAUAAGACAGCAAAAUCAAAGCAGCGACAUUCUUGCUGAAACUUGACUGAAAUCAGUUUGAUUUGUUGUUUUACUCUUGCUUGGAGACUGAGGUAGAAGACAGAGAAUGCAGAAGUCCUAAGUCUUGGGCAGAAAAGUUGUUUGUACCUGUACUCUCCUGUUUCCCCUGAAUCUUCCUGAGAUGGCUGUGACAGGGUCUGCGAGUAUUUAGACAAGACACUUUCUUGAUGAAAUGAUAAGGGAAGGACCCAUUUUUUCCCUUAUCACCCAGCCCAAACCUCACCCUUCCUAGUUAUGUGUAACUACACUAGGAAAAAAGUGUCACCCCAGCUAGCUUUGCUCCUGGGAAUGCUCUGUCUGAACAUGCUGCUCUUUAGGAUAAUCACAUUUAUAGAACAUCUGUGACAUUCUUAACACCAAGCAUCAUGGGAGGCCUAAGAAAUGUGUAUGAGACCAAUUCCACGGUCAUAACUUAUAGUCUAAAGGCAAGGGUAUGGGACAAACCAAGAGAGAUGAUAAACAGAACCCUGGCAUAUGGGAUUAAGAGUUUUCUAGCUAGAAUCUGGACCCAUACCAUGGAAAAUUGGGGGGUUCUGGGGAUCCCAAAACCAGGGUUCCAGCUUUACUGGUGACCCACUAGGAACUUGAGUGUGAGAUCCAGCUCUGGUUUGCAUCCUGAUCUUCCUAAUGAAAAGGAAGAAGAGUCAGAUCUUUAUGUGGUGAGGUCCCUUUUCUGAACAGAUGGAUUUGAGCAUUCGCCAGGGUUUGCUGGAGAAGGCACUCCUACACUAGGUGUGAUGAUGGAUGAGAUAACAUGGAAAUUCUUUUUUACUCAGAGGUUUACUGAGGACACAGAGCUUAUUAAUGAGAGAGACCUGUGGAUUCAAAUGCUGCAGAUAGGUCCCACAGUCCCUUUUGCAAGGAACUGUAGCCAGCAGGGACCCACACUUUGGCAAGAAGUGAACAGAGUUCAAAUACCAGUGAGGCAAGAGCCGUGAAGCUGAAUGAAAGGGAAUGGGCAGCAUCAUGCCAGAAAGAUGGAAGUAGAUGUUAUCCAAUCCUCAGCCCUUGAACAAACUAGGGGUUCAGCUACUGUACUUUCUGGUCUCCUUUCCCUCCACCAGUCCUCUACCAGGUAGAACUCCAGGCCAGCUCUAAAUUCGAGUUUGUUUGCUUAAGAUUCAAAAGUGGAUAAGUAAAAUAGACCAGUGGAAAAGAUAAGUCCAAAAGAGAGGUUCCAGUGAGUGGAGAAACGUGGUCCAUCAAGGGCUCCUGAGACAAACCAUACACUUAACAGUAACUGAGGAUUGGUCUUCCUGACCAGACACAGUGGGAAAGAGGAAAACCUAGAAACGUGCUCUUCAUCAGUCUGCCCGCUGGGCUGGGAAGUCUGUACUAUCACAUAAAUAGGCACCAUCUCCUUGGAGUGGAUCCAGCUGUUGACUGUAACCAGAGUCACUCUUUGCUUACUAGAUUUUUCAUUAUCACCGUACGAUGAACCUCUGGCUCAGCCACAGAUGUGAACAUAAAUGGAGUUGAUUGUCCAGAAAGUGAAAGAAGACUCUGAUCUUUCCUGCUGGAUAUUUGUUACUGGAACACCAUGGCUGGGCUCUAGCUACUUUACAUAACUUCCCAGCAGUGCUUUACAUAACUUCCAACCAGGACCAGACCUUAUGGCUUACUAGGGAGUAACAAAUGUUCACUGUCUCAGUCGGCAACAGUCUUGUUGAUAAAAGAGGGCCCGAGUUCCUUUAUCUGUUCUUUCUGAAUGGGAUGGAGAACCCAAACUUCUGCUCAGAUUUCCUCUUGAGGAGGGGCAGGGCAUGCUGUCCCACAGCCACAUCCCACACUGUAGCUUCUUAGACAGUAAAAAGCAUCCUCCUCGGCUGUCUGGGGGCUGCUGAGGAGCAAUGAGGAAAAGCAAGUCUCCGCAAAAGGUUCUCACAGACCCGGGACUCUGUUAUCAUCAGAGAUGUGUUCUUUCUGUGUGCUCGGUGGACACCUUUGACUCUGUUCCCUUCACUCGACAAAGGAAGCAGUCUUCUCGCAGGGUUUUACACAGAGGACAUUCUUUGACUUGGGAAGUGUCAGGCUCUUACAAGCAAAAGAUCCUCAAGUUAGGGCAAAUUGGUGGGAGAUGGGAGUAGGGAGUGCUUGGGUCUUGUAAGGACACGUCAUGUGGGUUAGUACAGCUUAAUGGCUUAAAGCAGGGACUAGAUUCAGGCCUAGAUUCAAGUCCUGACAUCAUAAGAAGUAACAUAACUUAUAUUAUUUAGCCAUCCUGAGCCUAGUUUCCUUAUCUGUAAAAUAGAAUGUCUCAGAGGUGUCAGGGUUUGGGGGCAACCUGUGAAAGUGCUUAGCACAGAGCCUGGCACACAGAGGUGUCAGGGGGCAGCCGUCAGGAAAGGUGCAGGCCCAACCAGAGAGGGGAAAGUGCAGAGAACUGAGGUCGCUCUGCAAAAGCACGUGAUUGCUUGAUGACGUAGCUUUUGCCUUCCAUCUUUUGCUUCCAUUUAGCCUGUUCGUUUACUCUGUCUUUUCUGUAUCUCCUGGCUCCCAAAAGUUUGUGUGUGCCAUGACACCAGGUGGUUCUGAUUCUCUUGACUUUUCUUAGUUCACAUUCUAACAUGUGGGAUCUGGCCCAGCUCCUCUUUCUAUACCAGGCCACAGAAGUCUCCAUCCAGCCCUUGGACUAGCUGCCCUUGGGUUACAUGCUCAUCUUGGUUCAGUCAGCUGUAGUCAGGAGGGAAGGUCCCAGAUCCCAGGAUCUGUGGGCCUGGUAGACUGACUUGGGAAUGGGCCAACGGUGGCACAGUGGGGCAUUUCUAGUACUGUGAGGAAAGACUGUUUCACCUGUAUCAGGCUUCCUUGAAAGGCUUCUACUUCAUCAGCACAUCCAAGACCAGAGCUCAUGGCCCCUGCAUAAAGGACCUGGAAGGUGCUGUUUCUGUAUCUUGCAAAAGAAGUGAUUUGUUACUUUCUAGGGUGUUAUUCCUCCUUUCUAUCCCAGCUCCACUUUCUUUUUAAAUAUGUAACUCUGGCCAUAAUUCUAUUUAUACACACAUACACAAUGACUUCUGUCAGCUUGGUCAAAUUGCCUCUUCAAAACAAAACAUAAUUCCACCCCUUAAGACCAACCGCCCACUGAAGAAUGCAGAGAGAUACAGUCAAGUCAGAGAGGCCUCAAAAGUACUGCGCUGCAAUGCUCUUAAAAUUGCCAGGUUACAUUUCAAAUAAAAUAUUUGGUAAAACCUCAUUGGGCUACGUGGCUUUGUGUCUGCUAUUAGCAAAGCCAGUAUUUACUGUAAAAUCUUGAAGCUGGUCUAAAAAUUAAGCUACCCAAGAACUGGGGCCAUGUCUUAUUUUGUAUUCCUCCUGGUGCCACAUGCUGUCAGGGACGUGGAUGCUUGAUGAAUGAUCGUGCAGUGGGAAGACCACCUGAGUAGGGAUUACAAACGAUUCUGGUUGUAGCUUAACAUUCUCUACCUGCUUGGUUCAGAGCAAGCCACUUAAAUUGUGUAGAUCUCAUUUUCCUAAUUCUAAUGGGCAGAUUGAACAAGGUGGUAGUAGAAGGUCCCUUCCAAUUCUAAAAUCAUAGAAUUUAAGAUUUUACUUCCUGGUCCUGUUUUCCUUGUCUGGUUUCUCCCCAGAUUCUGCCUUAUUGAGUGAUUCCUUUGACACAGCAGAAUCAACACCUUGGAGAGGUAUGCAUUAUUACAGAUUAAAGAGUCUCAUUCUAACCAUAUUAUGAUUACUCCAAAACCACACAAACUGACAAAAUUCUAGCAAAACUAAAAUUUCGUUUGAAUACACAGUAUGUAUUUGACUGCACUUUUAAGCAUAGGAAGACACACCAAAAUAAUAGUCGUUCUAGGGUGCUGGGGUCAUUCAGUGGUUACUUUUUCCUGUAUAUUUUGUGUAAUGUAAAACAUUUUGUAUAUAGCACUUCUAAUGCUUUUAUAAGAAUAAGGAUUAUCAUAAUGAAAGAGGUCCUGGAAAGGAAGUCAGGGAGCCUCUUGCUUUGGUUUUCUCACUCGCAGUGUGAGGCUAGUACACACUUUACCAAGUUUACCUAAGGUGUUGUGAGGCUCAAAUGAGGGAAGGUCUUAAAAAGUGCUUUGAAACAUACUGCAAGCCUAAGAAGAAAGUGUUGAUAUAGUAGGUGCAGGAGAAUUACUUGUUGAUCAGUUAUACAGUUUCCUGGAUGUUACUUAAAUGAUGCUUCUCUUCAGUCAAGACUGGGCAGUGGUUGUUUCUUCACUUCCAGUUUGCUUGCCUGUGCUGGGGGGAAGCUAGCCUGAGAUUGCAAUUUGGGAAGCAGUGAGAGAACAGAAGUACGUGUGGGCAGAGACUGAAAAAAAGUUUGAUGCAGAAAAUAUCAGGGUGACAUAUAUAAUGUGACCUAUAUAAUGUGUUGACUUCUAUCAGCAACUCAGGCGAGAUAACCAGUUUUAUGUAUAUGAGGAAUUAUAACAAAUUGGAAAGGCAGGCAUAUUCCUGGAGAGAUUGGUUUAAACAGAAUUCAAAAUUAAGGAUGUAUGUAAAGCUAUGUACAUCAAAUCAGUUCUUGGCUUUGAGGUUAUAGUUUUAAAAAAUUAUAUAAGAAAAACAAUAUCUGCAAGCCAACCUCAAUGAGUAAACAGCAGAAUAAAACAAUGAACAAGAAAAGUUAAGUCAAUCAUUUUUUAUUAUUAGUCA